AUUUUAGCCUUUUAGGGGGCACAUAUCUUCACACUCAACCUGGUAAUCUUAGCCUUACUCGUUUCAAAUUCGAGGGCCCCCUGCUUAUAAAACCCUCUCUGAUUUUCGUUCCCGCCAUCUAUACCCUCACUCUCUCUCUCUCUGCGCGCUGAGGUCCGAGGAGUUCAUAAAUCAAACUCCGUUAAUUCCGUCCAUUUUCGAGAGCUCAGCGCUCGCCUUCUCCACCUUCCAAUGCCGAAACCGAAUGAAGAAGAAGAAUCGGACGGCCUGGAAAUCACCUCUAUUGGAUCUUUAUACAAAGGGCCCUGGGACAAGAAGUACUGGAGCAGCUCCAGGGGUAAAGAUCGAUAUCCUUAUCCCGUUGGAUAUCAAGUUGUUCGAGCUCAUAAUGGGAGCACAUAUAAGAUGGAAAUUCAUGAAGGUCCUAAGGGGCCUUUGUUUGUGAUUACUUCUGAUGGACAUUCGGGUUCUGGCCAAACUCCAGGUAUUGCAUGGGAGAAGUUUCAAAAGAAAGGUUGCCCUCGCAUGAAGAUUUGGCAUGGAAAGAGAUUUUCGGGCAAGAUAGAUGGGGUGGAGUUUUUUGGGUUUAAAAAUCAAUUAGUCCAAAGACUACUUCGGGAACUGGUGGCAAAUGUCAAUGGAACAGCAGAGCGAAGUUUGUUUUCCUCCAGCUCUGUCAAUGGGGCUUCUAAAACUGAGCAUGACAGUAGACGGCCAGAUGCAUGUACAUAUCCCGAUACAGGAAAGCGAAGUAGGAAACGUGAAAUUUUAAGUACAUCGUCAGUUGGUGGGGCCAGACUUAAAAGAUCCCGACCUCCGGAUCUGAUUUGCGAUGCUGAGGCUCCAAGUUUAAUACAAGGGAAUCAGAGGAACUAUACUCACACGUGUUUCAGGCCUCCCUCUCCAGGAGCGUUACCAGCAUCAGGGUGCUUAGUGUUGGAAACUGGGGAAGAAAAGAGUUACUUCUCAGCCAAAGAUGGGCCACCAUUGUAUUCUCCUGACUUCUCUGAUCAUCUCAGAGAGGAAGUUCUCCCUGCUCAAGAAGAGAGGGAACUUGAUGGGUCUGAAAAUUGCAAAUCUGCUGGAGUAGCAAACAACUUGCCUGCAGAGGAAAAACCGCAUGGAAACACUCUUAACUUCUUACAGCUUGGUAGGUCACCAGAUACUCAGGUAGAGGAGUUCAAUCUUCAAAAUGCAACAGAAGACCAAAAUGGAAAUGCACUGGUUCCAAAAGACUUUCCAGAUGUUAAUGAUGUUGAUCUUUGUGCACCUGAUACCUUGGAUCCUAUGCAAAAUAAUACUUCUAAUUAUGCUCCAAGUACCCAAGAUAAAAGUACCUAUGGUGAGAAAGAAGAGUUAACUGCAGCUAACAUGGUCAUUUCUGAAGGGUUGCUAACUGAAUCACAUCCACAGGAAGAAAUAGGCACAUCUGGUUCAAUUGCAAGUUCUGAAAAGAGUGAUUAUGAUUCAGUUGGUCAGGAAAUGGCCAAGUCAAUGAUGACAUUUCUGCUUCCGCAAGCAAUUCCUUUGCUUAAGAAGGCCUCUAGGAAGAAAAAGGCUAUGGUUAGCCCUUCAAAAAUUGUGCCGUGUAUGGUGAAGUCUCAGUGGGAAAAUAAUGAAGCCAGAUACACUGUAGAUGUUCCGCCUCCUGUUGUAACACUUGCUGAGAGUGCACACAUGGAAAAGGAAGAAAGGCAUAUCCAAAAUACAGUUCUUAAUUUGGUAGGACAAAGUUUUGAACAUGCCAACUCUGUUGUUCUUGACAGUUUUGAGGAUGAUCAAUGUGGUGAUCUUGCAACUAAGCAGGUGAUAUUGUAUUCUGAUAUUGCUGAAGCUGAUCUAGUUAGUUUUGAGGAAGACACCUGUCCUCCCAACACUUGGGGACAGCUUAUUGUGCAGAACGAGUCAUCAGUUUCUCGUGUUGAGACCAGUGGGAGCAAAGAUAUCUUUUGUUACAGUGAAGUACACAUGACUUUGAAUGAAAAGCCUCAGGAUGGUGACAUGUGCAUUUCUGAGUCCGUUUUAGCUUGCACAUCACCAAGCGAUAAUGUUCUUCCCGAAAACACUAAUGCUUGUGCUAACUUGGAUGAAAACCCACUAGAUGUUGAACUCCAUUCUGGGGAAAAGCACUUCAACAUUGUGCCUGAUUGUACUAUAGCUACUGAUGCAAGUGACACUAAUCAAAGAGGCACGGGAGAUUCUUCACAAAUAUCAUCAAAGGAAAUUAGUGUUAACGGAGUGGUUGCUGAACCUGGCAUUACGUCCUUUACUCAAACACCAAAUAAAGUUUAUCCCUGGAAAACGGUCCGUAAUGUGGACCUGUUAGCAAGAAAGAAUAAUGUCCCACUGUCAGAAAGUAUCAUACACAGAAACUUUGGAGAGCAUCUUGACCCUGAAACAGAUCCUGCCACAGGAACUUUUCUUUCCUUGGAGAUUCAUCAAAUGGACUCUUCUGAUGACAAACCAGGCCAAAAAGACUCGGUUGCUGUUCAAGCCAGACUUGGAGGACAAUCCCAUAGUUUGCAUACAGAAAAUACUACUAUGAAUUUCGAAAGUGUAAUAAACAAUAUGGCUCCUGCUGUAUCACAAAAUCAAGCAUUCGCUUUUGCCUCCAAUGACAAGGAUACUUCAGAUGUUUUUCAGCCAUCUGUUUCAGUUUUAGCAAAAUCUCAAGUCCAUCUUGACGAGGAGAUGCUUGGGCACAAGAAUCUUGUUGAUUCAAACAGUCCCACAUCAUUUCUGAAUCAGAAGACCAGCUUCUGUGAAAAUAACAGUUCAAGUGCCAAAGGAGUUCAAGCUAGUGUAGACAUGAAUCGCAGGAAAGUGGAGCUUAAUAAUGAGCUACAAAACAUUGUUGAGCUUGUCGGAUGCUAUGUCCACCCCAUGCCUAUUACCUCACUACUUUUGAGCACCAAAGGGAAUGAAAUCUACAUUUGUGUUUUAUGUGGGCUUCUGAUGGACAGAGACAGAACCCUGUUCAUCUACAAGUUAGGUAUCAAGGAACCAAGAGUUGGAUGCCCUUCUUUUGUUGGGCACACAUUCAUGACGUUGCCGAUUCUGAAAAAUCACUUUGGUAGAGAAGUUGAAGUGGAAAGAUCUGGUUUGCAAUUUACUCCAGAUGGCCAGCAUCUUGUUUUACUUGACAACAUAAAAACACCUUAUUGCAGGGAAGGGAGAAUUCAGUGCUUGUGUUCAACAUGUACAUCAGACUGCUCCGAGGAGAAUGCAGUGAAGAUUGUGCAAGUAAAAUUUGGAUAUGUUUCAAUUGUUGUAAAAUUGAAAACAGUUGAGAGUUUACACUGUAUAUUGGUUUGUGAACCUAACCAUCUUGUCGCUGUUGGAGAGACUGGGAGACUGCAUCUGUGGGUCAUGAAUUCAGUAUGGAGCGCACAGAUAGAGGAAUUCAUUUUACCAGCUAAUGAUUGCACCUCUCCUGGAAUAAUGGAGUUGAAGGGGAUUCCAAAAAGUACUUCUCUAGUUGUGGGUCAUCAUGGUUUUGGGGAAUUUAGUAUAUGGGAUAUUUCUAAGCGCAUCUUACUGUCAAGUUUCUGUGCUCCUAGCACUUCAAUUUAUCAAUUCUUUCCAAUCAGUUUAUUUAGUUGGAAAAAUGAAGGCCCUGGUUUCAGCAACUCUAAUGUCGAGGAACACGUCAAUGGGAUUAUGGCUGCAACAAAAAUGUGGUUUUCAGAGAGCAGUGAGAAUAGUUCUUUCCUUCCGUCAGAGGGGGAAGAUGUUGCUGUCUGGCUCCUUGUCUCAACCAUCUCUGACUCUAAUGCUCAACAUAACUUUAUACAAAGUGAUCGCCAAAAUCAUUCAGUAGGAUGUUGGAGGCUAGCUCUACUGGUGAAAAAUAUGGUCAUCCUGGGAACUGCAUUGGAUCUAAGGGCUGCUGCCGUUGGUGCAUCAGCUGGUCAUGGGAUUAUUGGCACAAGUGAUGGACUUGUGUAUAUGUGGGAAUUAUCAACAGGAACCAAACUUGCCAUGUUGCAUCAUUUCAGAGGUAGCAGUGUUUCAUGUGUUGCUACUGAUGGUUCAACGGGAGGUGCUUUGGCAGUGGCCGGUGGUGAUCAGUUGCUGGUUUAUCUGCAGAUUACGCACACCCAAAAAAGUUCUUGAAAAUAACGAGGGGGUUUUUGCUCUUAACGUUUUGUUCAGUGAAAUGGUAUCAAAACAUUGAUACUCGCAAGGCAGUGCAGCCUAGAUUCAGACUGGUCCCAUUCAGCUUUGUCAAAUGUAUGUGGUUCCUGCUUUAGCAGUAGCUGGUGAUGGAGGUCAAUUGAUGGUUUAUCUGCAGAUUCUGCACAUUCAAAAAAGUUAUUCAAAAUAACGAGGGGGGUUUUUUGCACUAACAUUUUGCCGUGUGAUAUUCGCAAGGCGGUUCAGCCCAGAUUCAUACAGGUUCCAUUCGUCUUUGUCAAACGUACAUGGUCCGUGUUCUAGAAGUAGCUGGUGAUGUAGGUCAGUUGCUGUUUUACCUGCAAAUUCUGCAUUCUCCAAAAAGUUCUUCAAAAUAACCAGGGGACAGAGACACCAGUUGUUGCCUCAAAUGUAUUCUGUGAGCUGAUGUCAAGAACUUUGAUAUUCAUAAAUCAGUGCGGCGUAGAUUCCUACAGGUCCCCAUUCUUAUUGAUCAAAUGUACAUAGUUUUCAAUUGACGGAUCAAACGGGUUCCCUGUCUUGUUUUUAACUAAUAAUCAAUUUUCCCCAUUUCUGAAUUCUGAUC